CUUGAUUGAUUGCUCAAACGUGGUCAUUAGUUGUCUUCGAGAUCUUCUAACAAUCCGAUUAAUCCGCCCCCACCUCCUCCUCUUCCUCUCCCUCCCUCUCCCUCUCCAAACUCAGAGGUCAGCUUCCUCCGCAGCGACGCGGGAUACCAAAGGGAAGUAGAGAAAGGGAAUGAUUGAGGGUUCUGUAGAACGUGGGGAAACUGACCUUGUUAGACGGAUAGUAGAAAGCGAUCAUUCUAAGAAGAUCAUAGCUUAUGAUCAAGAGUACUAGUUCCUUUACAAUGCCCAAGGGUGAAGUCCAAGUUAAUCUCUUAGUGAAUGCAGCACCUCGGCCUUCCAUUGUUAGAAUUAUGGAGACAGGUGCAGAAACAACCAAAAAUCGUGUGCGAUCGAAUCAAGUGUUGAAAAAGAAAAGAAGAAGGAGACGUAGGAUGAAGAAGCCAAAUUUACUGCAAGAUACAGGUCUAGUUGAGAACCUGCCUUGGGAAUAUGGUCAAAGUGACGCUAAUCAUAUGCAUAGAUUGUCAACUUUAAGUCUAUCUGAUGAAAGAAGUGAUGACAUUGUAGUUAUUUCAUCAGGAGGUGUUAAAACCAUGAAUGAAGAGGACAACAGAUCAGGAAUUUCAAAUAUCUCAAUUGUAAGAACACCUGUUUGCAAUACAGAGAAAAAGCUUCUUAUUCUUGAUAUAAAUGGACUACUUGCGGAUAUAGUCUCUCCUCCUCCAAAGGGACUUGCAUCUGACAUACGAAUUCAACGGCGAGCAAUUUUCAAGAGGCCCUUCUAUCUUGAUUUUCUUAAGUUCUGCUUUGAGCGUUUCGAAGUGGGUGUGUGGUCUUCAAGAUCCAAGAGAAUUGUGGAAAAAGUGAUUGAUUAUCUGAUGGGUGAUAUGAAGCACAAGUUGCUGUUUUGUUGGGAUCUAUCCCACUGCACUGCAACAGGGUUCAGGACUCUAGAAAAUAAGCAUAAGACCUUGGUUUUUAAGGAGCUGAGGAGAGUAUGGGAAAAACAAGACCCUGGUCUUCCGUGGGAGAAGGGUGCAUAUAAUGAAUCAAACACAGUGUUGUUGGAUGAUUCUCCCUACAAGGCCUUGCUUAAUCCUGCACAUACUUCAGUGUUUCCGUAUCCAUUCACGUUCCAGCGAGGGAGCGACACUUCAUUAGGUCCUGGAGGUGAUAUUCGGGUCUAUCUGGAAGGGUUGGCUGCAGCUGAAAAUAUACAGGAAUUUGUAGAGCAACGGCCGUUUGGCCAAGGACCUAUUAAUGAAAGUAGUGCAUCUUGGCCAUUCUACCUCAAGGUUCUUAGAAAGGUGUAUACUUUACAAACCGCCAACAUAACCCGUAAUUCUACGGUGAAGGGUUAGGUAUGCAAAACUCGUUACUUGUUUUUUUUGCUGUGGCGAUCCUUUGCAUCUUAUGAGGAGCGCUGCUCAUCCCCGAAAGGAGUAUUCUUCCGAAGCUUUGCCAGAACAAGUGCAGCUGCUUAUUUGCCAAACCAGACGUAGCUUGUAGGAGAAUUGACCGCUUGAAAAAACUGUGUUCAUUGGAACAAAUAUUGGAAAUUUACUUUCUGGUAGAUCCAUUUUUCACAGUUGUUUUCAUUUCAGAUCAGAUAUUGACAUUCACAUGGUGGGUUUUAUGUUAUUUUUCUUGAAUGCUGAAGAGGGAUUAGUUGCAUAUAAGUGCAAGGAACAUCUAAGAGUAGUGUUGUUUUGCUCACCACAUAUUUAUUAUAAAAUCAGAAAUCUAUCGAACUAGCUUUUAGCCUAGUGGUAA